AUGAAACUGGCCACUAUCUAUCAACCGUGUUCUUUUCACCAUUUUCCUAACAAUGUCUCUCUACCCCAUAAUACCUAUCUUUCUUCUCUUUCUUUCUUUCUUUUCUUUCCUUCUUUCUCUUUUUUUAGAUUUCUCUUUCUUUUUCUUUCUUUCUUUUCUUUUUUAUCUUUUUUCUUUCUUUUCUUUCUUUCUUUUUUAAUUCUCUUUCUUCUUUCUUUUCUUUCUCUUUCUUUUCUUUUUUUUUUCUUCUCUUUUUUUCGUUCUUUUCUUUACUUUUCUUUUCUUUUCGUUCGUUCUCUUUUUUUCUUUUCUUUUUCGUUUCUUCUUUAUUUCUUUCUUUUCGUUCUCUUUCUUUUUUUCUUUCUUCUAUAUCUCUUUUUUCGUUUCUCUUUCUUUUCUCUUUUCUUCUUUUUUCUUUUUUUCUUUUUUUUUCUUCUUUUCUCUCUCUCUCUUUACGUUCUUUUUUCUCUCUUUCGUUUCUUUUCUCUCUUUUUUUUCUCUCUUCUUUUUCUUUUUCGUUUCUCUUUCUCUCUUUUAUUUCUCUCUCUUUCUCUCUCUCUCUUUUUCUUUUUUCAUUCUCUUUCUUUUUCUCUUUUCUUUUCUUUCUCUCUUUCUCUCUUUCGUUCUCUCUCUUUCGUUCGUUCUUUCUCUCGUUCGUUCUCUUUCUCUCUCUCUCUCUCUCUCUCUUAA